GGGGCCUCCCGAGCUCUGGGCUGGUCCUUUCAGUAGACGGGUCAUCCGGAUUGAGAGGAGGGGCAGGACCCAGCCACAGCUAGGACACCUCAACCCACGCGCCCUGAGCAGCCCCCCAGAACAGCAUCACAAGAGGGCAGAACGCGGCGGAGGGGGUUCACAUGGACAGACUACUAACAAAACGCGCCUGGAAGGAUGAGUUCUGGCAGAACCCCUUGGACCAGGGGGGCCUGGUAGUGAUCUGCUUGUUCAUCAUUAUGGUCCUGUUUCUCAUCUUGUUUGCUAUUGUGUUUGGUUUACUCCCCCCACUCGAUAGGGUCAACCAGCGGUUGUCCAACGAGAUCUGA